ACGAGUAGGAUCGCUGCGCGGAGAGUUGUGGGAGUGAUGUGGCCCCCCCACCCUCCUCCCCCUCCCGCGAUGUCGGAAGAAACCCGACAGAGCAAAUUAGCUGCGGCUAAGAAAAAGUUGAAAGAUUACCAACGGAAGAGCAGCUUGGAGUCUCCUGCAAGAGUUAAAAAGAAAAAGAAGAUCAAACAUGACAGUAAAAGCCCAGAGACAACCACUACUGAUGGUUGUGAGUCAUCUAAAGAUAUUCAGGACAUGCUGAAGGUGCUGGUGUCCGACCUUAACCGCUCCAAUGGGGUAGCGCUCCCCCCAUUGGACAAGUGGAAGGCAUUGGACCAUCCCGCCACUCCUGCAGUGACAGUUGGGGAUGAUGAUGACGCCAAGUCACCCGCUGUCCCUCCUGCCAGUGCUGCCCCCCCUGGUAGUAACAGCAUGGCAUCCACUCAGAACUGUGAUGCCGAAAAUGAUUCCAGCUCCUUGGAUGAGAGCAGGGCUUUCUCCUCCACCGAAGGCCUGCGACAGCUGUCCCAUCAGCUGAAUGGACUUACAUCAGAGCCUGCCUCCUACGUCAACGGGGAGGACCAGGCGUCUAGAGUCAACAUAAUGGAUCUGGAGAGCCGGUAUCAAGAGCUGGCAGUUGCCCUGGACUCCAGCAAUCUAACCAAUAAGCAACUCACUAGCAAGAUAGAAGAACUGAAACAACAGAACCAAGAAACAUUGGAUCAGCUUGAAAAAGAAAGGAAAGAACACGAACAGAAGCUUGUGAGGGAGCAAGGCACGCUUCGAGAACAGCUACAGAUCCACAUCCAGACCAUCGGGAUUUUGGUGUCUGAGAAGACAGACCUGCACAAUGCACUGGUCCAUACCCAGCAGGCCGUGAGGCAGAAAGCAGGCGAAUCGGAGGAACUGGCUGGUCGCCUGCAGACUGCGCGUCUGCGCAUUGCGGAGCUGGAGUGCACCCUCUCUGCUGUUUCCAACAAGCAGAAGCAGACCGACCGAAACAACAAGGAACUGACCAAAGAGAGAGAUACUCUCAAGCUGGAUCUAUACAAGAACACCAAAACCAGCAAAGAUCUGGAGCAGCACAACUCUGAGCUGCAGGAGAUGCUCAAGGUCUCCUUGACGGAGAAGGGCAGCAUGCAGAAGAGACUGGAGGACCUAGAGAAGAAGCUGGAGAUGUCUGAGCUGCUGUUGAAACAGUUCUCCAGUCCAUCUGAAGGCCCUGUGGCCCAGCUGUCAUCAGCCACGGAGGUGCAAGACGACAUCCACAUGGAACAACUAAAGGAGUCGCUCAAGCUGCUGAGGGUGGAGCGAGACCUGCUUGCCGAAAGGCUGAGGGAGGAAGGUACCAUCUGGCAACAGAAGUUGCAGCAGGCCUUGGAGGGGAUGCGACAGCUGGAGGAGGAGAAGGGGCGCAGCAUGACCCAGGUCCGGGACCUGGAGACCACCGUGGCUGGGCUCAACAGCCAGAUAGCUGUGCUCCAGAGCCCGGAACCAUCGGGGCCCUCGGAGGUGGAACAGCAGCUGAAGGCAGAGGCCGGGGGCCUGCGAGAGGAGCUGGAGACCCUGGCCCAGAAGCUGCUGGUGCAGGUGCAGGGCAAUGAAGACCUUCGCCGCGUGAACCAGGAGCAGGAGCUCCGCCUGCAGGAACAGGAGCUCCGGCUGCAGGAGCUUGAGAGAGCUGCGGAGCUCUGGGACGAGGGAACUGAAGCCCGGAAACGGGUUUUGGAGGAGAUCGAGAGCGGCCGCAGUACCAUCAGCAGGGCUGUGUCCCAGAACUGUGAGCUCAAGGCGCAACUGGCAGAGCUACAGGAUGGAUUUGUGCGUUUGUCCAAUGAGAACAUGGAGGUGACCAGCUCACUCCAAACAGAACAACACCUCAAGGGCGAGCUGGUCAAGAAACUUGGCCAGCUGCAGGAGAAGCUGGCAGACUUGAAGGAGGCGCUCGCCGAGAAAAACCAGGAGGCUCUGGUGCUGCAGCAGCAGCGGGACCAGUACCUCAGCCACCUGCAGCAGUACGUGGCUGCCUACCAGCAGCUGGUGAACGAAAAGGAAGUCCUGCAGAAGCAGGUGCUGCUCAACACCCAGCUGGGCCGCCUGGAGGCAGCCAGCCAGGAGAACCAGCAGCCGCGGGCCCAGCUCGAGCACCUGGCUCUGCCUGCCGAAAAAACUGGACAGGAUGUUGAGGAGGAGGAGGAGGAGGAGGCCGAGACUGCCCCGCCAGAGCUGAGCAUGCCCGAUAAUCUAGACAGCCGCGAGGCCAUGGUGGCAUUCUGUAACUCGGCCUUGGCCAGUGCUCAGCAAGAGCGGGCGCGGCUGCACGGGCAGCUGAGGCAGCAGAAGCUGCUGUGCCAGCGCCUGGCUCACCUGGCAGCCUCGUCGGACCAGGAGCCAAGGAAGGUGGAGGCCCCAGCCCCCGGGGCCGGGGAGGGAAGUGUGUCUGGGGAGACCCACCAGGCCCUGCAGGCAGCCAUGGAGAAACUGCAGGGCCGCUUCACAGAGCUCAUGCAGGAGAAAGCUGACCUGAGAGAACGGGUUGAGGAGCUGGAACAUCGAUGUAUCCAGCUGUCUGGAGAGACUGACACUAUCGGAGAGUACAUCGCUCUCUACCAGAAUCAGAGAGCAGUCAUGAAGGAGAAGCACCGAGAGAAGGAGGCGUACAUCAGCCGGCUGGCCCAGGACAAAGAGGAGAUGAAGGUGAAGCUCUUAGAGCUGCAGGAGUUGGUUUUGCGGCUGCUGAAGGAGCGGAGUGAAUGGCAGGCAAAGUACCAAGCAGCUAACGAGAACCCUGCUGCCGAGCCCGCUGGCAGCCCCUCUGCCCCCAGGGAGCUUGGCGCUGCCAAAGGGCAAGAACUGAAUGAGGCCAACCUCGAUGACAACCCAACCCAGGGAGAAGUCCGGCAGGGCGAGACGCCCCCCGAGAACCCCACUGCACAGCAGAUCAUUCAGCUUCUCCAAGACAUACAGAACCCCCGGGAACGGGGCGUCUUCACAGACAGCCCGUGCAUCCCCUUCUUUUACCGGGCUGACGACAACGAGGAGGUGAAGAUAAUGGUGGUCUAGGCCACCGGCCGGGCCCGGGGGCUCGGCCCCCACCCGCCCUCGCCAACCCACCCCUGUUCCCCAGCUUUCCCACCCAGCCCCGACUCCUUCCUCCUUUCAUCUGUCCCCACCCUCUCAGUAGGGAACACUGCGCCCCAGCCUCCAGGUGGGGGCUGUGUCUUACUCUCUGGGGGAUCGUACCAGAGGCGAGGAGCUAGAAACGUCACUACAGGGGCUCGUUGACGACCAACCUAAUCCUCACCAGGCCUUCUGGCAGAGGGCCUCAGUUGUACUCAGGCAGUUUGGGGCAGCGUGACCCCACCGCCACCCCAACCGUGUGGAGCGGGCAGCACCUGGAGGGCCCUGCACAGAGGCAAAGUCCAGACAAUGUAAACAGCUGGCGGGGGGAGGCACCAACACCUGUCCAGGCUGUAGCCACAGACAACAGUGGCUUAUCUGAGAACAACCAGUUCCACAAAAGGGGUGGUCUCCCCUGUUCCCUUUGGAAAUGUUCCCAAGGGUGUCAGCACCCAAUUUUUUUUCUUUAUUUUGUGUUGCACAUAGUUAUUGUGGAGGUGGUCCUUGUCUGCAGAGGGGAGGCCUCUCCUACCUGCACAAAAGUCCCUUAAAAGUCCCUUUGGGCAUCUGUGCCCAAUAAUUUUGCAGACACCCUGACCUACAUGGGGGGGCGGUCUCUGCGCACUUUAAGUCUUGCAGGCUUGAGGCCACCUACCCUCUCACAAAAGGCCCGUGGGCUUCAGGCCACCCUGAAUCAUUAUAGGUUGACUAUCCUUCCCUUACCAACCUCACAAGUGACCUGUGGGCUUGAUACCACCCCAGUCCCUUACCCCACACAAAGGCCCGUGGGCUGAGGGGAUCCAGAAUCGGUAAGGGGAGGUCCUCCCUUACGCCUACUCACGAAGAGCCUGCGGGUUUGAGGCCACUCCAGAUCACUAAGGGGUGCCCCUCCCUGAGUUGCCCCUCAAAAAUGUCCACGGACUUGAUGCCACCCUGAACCGCUAAGGGGUAGCCCUCCCUAACCCCUACUCACAAAAUACCCGUGGGCUUGAGGCCACCCCAAAUCGCUAAGGGGUGGCCAUCCCUAAUCCCUACUCACAGAAUAUCCUCAGUCUUCAGGCCACCCCAAACCCCUAAGGGGUAGUCCUCCCUCAACCCCACUCACAAAAGGCCUGUGGGCUUGACGCACAUCAAAUCACUUAAGAUUUGCCCUCCCUGACCCCCCGCAAAAUACCCACGGGCUUGAGGCCACCCGAAAUCGCCACGAGGUGGCCUCUCCUUGCUCUUUACUACGGCCCCGUGGGCUUUGCUUCUGUACCUGAUGAC